GCUGACUCGGAAUUCAAGUAUUGAUUUGUUUACAAGGAGAAAUAGGGGAAGUUUUUAGAACAUCUAUCUAUAGCUAAGUCUAACAGCCUUGUCAAAACGAUCUGGAGAUAAUACUUUGAGUUAAUUGUUGGCUUUCGUGUUGGUAUUUAUCAGUGGUUCGUACCAGCUGAAAGCUUUCCCAGAAAACUUUGAGGGUCUUAAUUUAACGACCCUCUUUACGCCGGGUGUUUUAUCGAUUGCGCACUCUCCGGGUCUGAUACGCCGUUAAGUUUCUCAUCUAAGACGCGAUAAAGAUUGUAAAAUGCGUGACCGUGUGUCUAAAGGUUUAUCAAUCAGUGGAAAAAAUGUGUGUGUUUUGAUUUUUCUAUAACUUCUGGCACUAAUGUCUAGAAUAACUUGGAUUGUUUAUUCGAGAUAAUGUUUUAAUUGCGAUGGAAAGCGUUGUAAUUGUCAAUUAAAGUGUAAUUAAAAUAUCUGUAGUCAUGUAUGGGAUGUUGGAUAUUGGCCUAAGGACUGAUUAUAUGGUGGAAUGGCCAGUGGCAGGCUGCAGUCGGUCCCACAAGGGGCUGCGCAUUUAGAUACAGUGAGGUCUUUGCAUCAAACUGUUGUGUCUUUGAGGACUGCUUUAGAGAUAUCAAAGAAUGAAUUGAAAGAAUUAAAAGAAAAAUAUGAGCAACAUUCUCAUUGUCUAGAGUAUGCUGAUGUUAUAGAAAAAUUGACUGUGGAAAAUCAUAUUUUACGAAGAAAAAUUGUUGACUCAGGAUUGGAUGAUAGAGAAGCUUCGGAAAAUAUAAAACUAAAUGGUACAUAUAGUCCAACAAGUAAUGUUGAGGAAUCUUUAAAUAGUCAAGUUAUAUCUGAAAAUUUAACUCCUGAUAGCAAAAAUAAAUAUAUCACAGAAGAAGAAGCAGCUGUAGAAUUAAAUACAUAUUCACCAACAGAAAAGCUUGAAAAUAUCCAAGAGGAGAACUCUAAAUCAAGUACAACUGACGUAGAAUCUCCAAGACCUCAGUCAGAUAUAUCUGAAGAACCUAAGAGUCAGAUUACAGUAACUGAAGAUAAAGGUCAACCAAGUUAUAAAACUAAAUUGGAAUUAUUAUCAAAAUUUGAUGUCAAAAUUAAAGUUACAACAUUAAAAGAAGGUAAUAUAAUUUCUGCUACUACAUCAGAAACUGAUUCUACUGAGAAUCAAAAGAAGGAAGAUAAUUUUUCUAGAAAAGAAACACAAGGAUCAGCAAAUUUCCAAUUUAAAGAAACAAAGGAACAUUUUGAUAAUUACAUAGACUUGGAUGGGAAUGAAAUAAAUUUCAAAACAGUAUCUAAAGAAAAUAUCAAAAUGGCUGUACCUAAUGAAGCUGAAGUUAAGUCAAAGGUUGAUAAAUUUGAUGUACAAGUGAGGAUAACAUCUGAAGAGAAUUUGGUAGUUAAAGAAAGUACUGAGCGAUUUAGAAGGAAGGAUACACUUAAUUUGGAUGUUGAUGAUUUGAGUCUUAGAUCUUUGUCAGAGGGUGAUAACUCUGUGUUCUCUGAGGGUGGUACUACGCCAAUGGAACCGCGACCCCCUGACGACAGGGAGGACGCUAGUGGAAACGAGUCAGAAGAGGUUGAUGAUAUAGAACUCAUAUUCACGACAGAUGAGUCCAAAGAUAUCAGUAAUUUGCAGGAAGACUUAGUUUCGAUACGCGAAACUGAGCAUUGGGUACCAAAUUCGGCAUCUACUGUUCACUCUACUCCUGUGCUAAUCAAAUUCCACACCCUCGACCCGGACUUCCAACCUGGCGAUAGGCCAGAAAACGUUGAAAGAGAGGGCAAUCAUGAGGGAAACAUUGGAGAUUCAUUGAAACAGAAAAGAGUGUCUCUACCCAAUGAUAAAGAAAUCAAGCAUGUUGCCUUUAAUGGUAAAGGCAGUUUGGAUCUGCCUGGUCGAGGCAUACUGAAGAUUUGCGAUAAUAAGUCUGACAACAUGUUGUAUAGACGAAGCCCUAAUGCAAGUACUAGGAGAUUAGACAGUGUUGAUAGUCUGACUUGUGAAUACAAUAGGGGUUUGAGUUUUGAUAAUACUAAGUCAUCGAGUUUUGAAUUAGGAUCCAGUAUGGAUAUCCUUCAUAGAGAGGAAAGUGUGGAUAGCUUUCAUAAGACUGGACGAUUUGGACAUCGAUUUUCGAUGUUCGCGGAAACCGAUAUAUCCAAAUGUGGGAUAUCAGAAGACGAUCUUGCGAGCAAUUUUAAUAUACGCAGGAAUACGUGUCCCAAUCCAUUUCAAUACAGACCACUACCGUACCGUGGUAUAGUGCGCGGCGGCAAGCCUUUGACAUCAUCUCGUCGUCCUGUACUGCGUGAGAGCUGCGGCCCGCGGCGGGAGAGCGCGGCUCAGACAGACAUGUCCGCGCUCCCGCCCAGGUGGACAUCAGAUGGAUAUCUAGCCUAUAAGAAUUCAUCUCGCGUGGUAAGUUGUCCGACAACGGUGCCGCAGCGCGUGACGUCACGCCGCCCCGCCCCGCCCGGCACGCGUGCCCCGCCCCCCGCGCGUCGUACUGACCGCAGUGACGACGCGCGACGCGUACUUCUCAGCGACAUUGGAUUUACAUCAAUGGUGCCCGAAUUAUCGCGAUCUGCGGAACCUCUUUGGAAUCUACGUCGCACUGCACCGGACUCGCCACAGCCAAGACAUCGGGGCUCAUCGUAUCGCUCGCCGUGUCCUAGUAUAGACCGCAGUAACGAGUGGACUUCCAAAUAUACUAGUACUGUCAAAGGUGAAUAUCGUCCGUGGCGCGGCUCACUGCCGGACGUGAGGAACGACGACACGGAUGAGCUGCUGCAGGAGGCGGAGACAUUCCUGAGACGCUCCAUCGACAAUAUCACCGCCGCUGCUGACGAACCGGAGUGUAUCCACACUGGGCAGGGACAGCCGUACGUGCCGGGCGAGGCGCGUCAGCUGCGGCUGGGACACGCCGUCAAACUCAUCACGCCGCAGGGUCGCCUCGCUGUCGGCAGGGUCAGAUACGUGGGUAUAGCCGGAGGUAGUGCUGCCAAUAGUGGGGUAGUGGUCGGCGCGGAGUUCGCACAGGCCCAGUACCCCGGCCUACCACCCAACGACGGCACCUACCGCGGUCGUCGCUACUUCCUCGCCCCACCUCACUACACCGCCAUCUUCGUACCCUUCUCUAAAGUUGUCAUGGCAUGGGCUAACUCAAACUAAACGGUGAGAUAACUAGAGUGUUAUUACAUAUUGUUGUCUUUUUCACUCUCUUUAAAAAAUGAAGACAUGUGUCAAUGUAUUGUAAGUUGUUUUAGUUACCCACAAGUUAAAUAAAAAAAGGGUAAAACAUACACACGGACGGACAACAAAUUGAUCCUAUAAGGGUUCCGUUUUUUUCUUAUGAAGUACGGAACCCUAAAAACGAGGUUUUCAUUUAGAUACUGCCCCGAUUUUUUUUGUAUAAUAGUUGUAUGUAUAUUUCUGGAUACUUGGAUUUGUGAAUGUAUUUUAUGAAUCCGACUCGAAGGACCAUUUCUGUCAUUAGUCAACUUUAAACGCGCUUAAUAAUUUCACUGACAGAUUUGUUCAACAAAAUGACAAGGAAUUGAAUAUACGACGUAAAAUUAAAUUGGAAUCUUCAUAAUGUACAUUUUAUUUUUAUAAUGUUUUUUCACUUUUUUCUUGAUGGUUUUUAUUAAACGUGUUUCUAUAUACAUUGUGUAGUUGCAACUUAAUUUACAGUAUUUCCUAAUAAAUUGAGAGAAUUGAAUUAAAUACCUCUGUUAUAAUUUGUAUGGGAAUCAUAACAUGGAAGACAUAUUUUUGAGACUAGCUUUUACAAUAAAAAUUACGUCUUGUCUUUAGUUGACCAGAAACUUGAAUACACAUAAUUAAACUGUAAUAAUAUGUAAAUGAAAGAAAAAAGCUAUGAUAAAUCUAAAAAUUAAAUAUAGAUUUUAAUGUAUUUAUGUUCUUUAAAAGCUCUGAUAGCUGAAUUUUUUUUUAAUAUUAUAAAUGCGAAUGUUUGGAUGGAUGGAUGUUUGAAGGUAGCUCCGG